AUGGUUGAGAGGAAGUCGGUGAAGGUCUUGAUUGAGAGGAAGACCUUCUUGAUUAGGUUGGAAGGUGAGCAAGGAGGUGAAUGGUGUUCGAUGACAGAGAUAAGUAGAGGCUCUGUUUUUGCAUUAAGUUUUGAAAAUGAGGCAGUUGGGUGGUUGGUUGAAUGCUUGAUGAAAGCCUUAGCAUUGAAGAAUCAUAUGGGUUUCAACAAAAAAUUCAGGGGAAAAUGCAGGGCUCAUCUGUUGGAAGUGGGCUUCAACAACCAUGGAAGGUUCAUAAGGAUCUCGGAGUUCGCUACCAACAGAAAACCUCCAGUUCUGAUCAUUCCUGAGGGUGACAAGGGCAGAGGUUGGGAGAGUAUCAAAAAAGCGUUAGCUACAAUGUUGGUGGUCCCAUAUCCGAGUGCAGCAGAGAAAGGAAGGAAUAUAAGAGGGGAAAGUUGGCCUCACAACAAAGUGGGUUCGAUGUACAGAUCCUAUGCCAAGACAGUUAGUGACGAAGGGCCAAGAGGAGGAGGUCUAGUUCCAGUGGGUAGGUGGGCGCGAGCUGUGGUAUGUGAAAGCAAGUUUGACAGGGAGAAUUGGGCUGGGGUUGGAAGAUUGGUGGCGAGAAGCUUAGGGAAGAAUGGCGUGGUAACGAUCGUACCCAUUUCAGCUGGAAAGGGUGUAUUUUUCGUUGAAACAACCGAGGAAGCCAUAUUUCUCCAUGAUUUGAGGAAGUUAAAGGCUGGGGAAAGGAACUUCAUUCAGUUGCGAAGAUGGUCGCCGAAGGAAAAUGCGGAAUUAGACGGGAAAUUUAGAGAAUGA